GUCGCCAUUUUGCCGUCAAUGGGGAGGGGCGGGGCCACAUUACUGCAGUCGUUACGUACACUGUAAACAGGAAGUAGCCCGCUAGAUUUUCUGACCUGAGGGACAGUCAUGGGUAAGAGCUGUAAAGUGGUUGUGUGUGGCCAAGGUGCAGUAGGUAAAACGGCUGUUUUGGAGCAGCUACUGUAUGCCAACCAUGUUGCAGGUUCGGAGCCCAUGGAGACCCUGGAGGAUAUCUAUAUUGGCUCCAUAGAGACUGACCGUGGCACACGAGAGCAGGUGCGCUUCUAUGACACCCGUGGACUCCGGGAUGGGAUGGAGUUCCCUCGACAUUACUACACUUUUGCAGAUGGCUUUGUACUUGUUUAUAGCAUUGACAGUAAAGAGUCCUUUAAGCGAAUGGAGGCACUCAAGAAGGACAUAGACCGUCAUAGAGACAAGAAAGAGGUGACCAUUGUUGUGCUGGGUAACAAGCUAGACAGGCAGGACGAAAGGAGAGUCGACUCGAACCUGGCCCAGAACUGGGCGAAGAACGAGAAGGUUCGUCUGUGGGAGGUGUCGGUGGUGGACCGGCGCACACUCAUUGAGCCCUUUGUGUACCUGGCCAGUAAAAUGACCCAGCCACAGAGCAAGUCCACCUUCCCUCUCAGUCGCAACAAGAAUAAGGGCAGUGGUUCUACAGACAGUUAAAUGACCAAACACUGUUGUCACAUUCAAGAGGGAGUGAAAAGGGAGAAGAGGUGUGUUAAAAGGGAACCCUGUUUUACUAAAGGAUCAAUUUUGUUAUCAUGAAGGACUGAGGUCGUAAAAGUUGGUUUUGAGAAUCUGGAGAAGUGAUGAGAGGAAAGGCAGGAUGAUUGUAUGGAUAUUUAUAUACAGUGAGCACUGUUGGUAUUGACAUAGCAUCUGCAGUAUAUUUGAUGUUUUGGUGAAAUACUUAUUAUGACUGAAAGUGGUGAUUUCUUGAUUUUAUUUUGACAUAUCAGUUAAGAUCAUCAAAGCAUGCAAAGUUUUUUUGUUUGUCACUCCCACUUUAUUGGGUUGGACUAUGGUCAAACUGUUUAUCCACAUUCUUUACAAUUACAUCUGUUGUCGUUGGUCCUACAUAAUAUAAUUCUCAGACUACUGACGAUCAGCAUUUCAUUUUGGUGUAUACUCAAACAGUCCAGAGUUUUAAGAUAGAUUCAUAGUGCUCACUGUAUAGAUAAAUUAGCACAUGCACACAUGUACACGUACUACUAUUAUAUGUACAUGUACACACAGAACAAAUCAGAAAUGGCAGCAGUUUCAAAUGUUACAUAAAUUUCACAUCACACAAAUGCUGAAUCUCACAUGUUCUUUAAGUUAUGAUGGGUGAAGAGAUUUACUGAUAUAUUAUUGAUGGUGUACAGUAAUUGUGCUGUUUGCUGGACUGGAGAUUUGUUACACUGUAUGUAUGCAGAGAUUCACUGUUGGAUUUUGUAGAGUGAAUGACUGACAUUCCUUACCACAUAUGGCCUUCUGUACAGGCUUUAAAUAUGAGAUAAAAGACGUUCAGAUGAAAGGCGGUUUCUGCAGGCUCAGGUGCUACUUUUUUUCUGCUUGCUACACUUAAAAGAAACUUGGGGCACAAUAUAUAUAGUAAAAUGUUGUAUCAUCAACAACACAGCUCACAUUAUCAGUUACAGUCACUGCUGAAGUUGGAGCUGGUCUAUUCAUACUGAGCUGUACAAUGAAACCCAUAAGAACACAUUAGACAUUCACUGACCUGAUCAUCCAGGGUGCAACUCAAGAUCAAACGUGCAGCUUUUAAUAUAUGUUUUAUUGAAAAGGGGAAAUCUCUUGAUAUUGUCUUGAAUAUUCAUGUGUUUGAGUCUAUCAACUCAACUUAUCAUUCAACUUUUUUGUGAAUAUCUAGCAUUCAAGUUUUAAUAUCCUUAAAAUGUGUUCACUUGAUAUUUGUUUGCAUGUUUUGUAAACAAAUUAAAGGAUUUUUUUUCCAGUG